AUGGGUAACAUACAACAACAUUGUCGAGGUGUAACUAAUGAUCUCCUUGAACUUGACCGUCCUGGAGCUAUUUAUUUACCCAACGAUACUAUUACUGGUAGUGUUUUGUAUAAUAGAAAAAUGAAUGCAUCUAUUUUAUUAACUGGUGUUAUUUAUUUUAAAAAGCGUAAAAGAAAUCAUUUAAAAAAAUGUCAAAGACAAUUUUUUUCAACUGAAUUUAAUCUAAAUUCAUCGUCAAACAUAAAACAAAAUUUUCAAUUACAUUUAGAUGAACACCUUCCACCAUCAUUUAAUGAUAUAUAUACAUAUCCGAAUAUAACAUAUUCAAUUAAUCUUUUAAUCUAUAAAAAAUCUAAGGAUGAAAUUUUGUCUUCGAUGCCGAUAUGUGUUUGCCCUCAUGUAUAUAUUGAUCGACCUUUACUUUUAACACCAUUAUUUUUUGGUCCAAUAGAAAAUCGUAUAUCAGGUGUUAAACUUGAAGUUAAAAUUAAUCGAACUAUUUAUACAUUCGGUGAUAUAAUACAAAUUUUUUAUGAAAUUCAAAAUCCAAAUCAAGAAUAUAUUUAUAAUAUUCAAAUAAGUUUAGGAAUUUAUUAUGUUAUUGAAUCAAAUGUUUCGCAAAAGGAUUUAUGUAAUAGUACUGAGAAUUUUACUAAUAUAGCAUCAAAUAAGAAAUUAAUAAGAAAUAAAGCUUUAAUAAAUAUCCCAAAUGAAAUAUAUUUACCGCCAACAUUUAAAUUUCAAUAUGGACCAGAAAAUGAUGCAUCAUCAUUUAAUUUAGAAAUUGAUUAUAAAAUACACUUUAAAGUUUAUUUACAAAAUAUGGAAAAUUUAUGGCAAGUCGAUGUGCCUAUUAUUAUAUGUAAUGAUACUAUAGAACAAACCGAAAAUGUCAAGGAAGACAAUAGUAAUAAAAUGGACAGUGCUGAAGAAGAAAACAAUAAUAAAACCGAAAUAAUUUCACAAUCUUUUAAUGUAAAUACUAAUAUUGUUGAAAAUAAAUAA